AAAAAGAGAGAGAGAGAGAGAGAGAGAGAGAGAGGGAAGCGUAAGGAGGCGACUCUGCCCACGCUCCCUCGCCCCGCGUGCUCCGGUCGCCUGCCCAGGGCCGCUGCGCACGCGCAACCCAGGCUUCAGACCCCCGGCGCGGCCCGCACGGCAGGGCCCUCAGGAACAAUGGCCCAAGUAGCAGUGCCCACUCAGCCCAUCGGAGAUGAGACCUCGGACGGCAGGAUGGUGGUGACCUUCCUCAUGUCUGCCCUGGAGUCCAUGUGUAAAGAGCUGGCCAAGUCCAAGGCCGAGGUGGCCUGCAUCGCUGUGUAUGACACGGACGUGUACGUGGUGGGGACGGAGCGAGGCUGUGCCUUUGUCAAUGCCAGACAGGAUCUCCAGAAAGACUUUGCACAGCACUGCCAGGGGGAAGGGCUGCCUGAAGAGAAGCCACUGUGUCUGGAAAAUGGGGCAGCCUGUCCUGGAGAAGCCCAGCUGCUCAGGACAGCAGUGCAAGACCAUUUCUGCCUGUGUUACCGUGAGUCCCUGUGGAGCACAGGCACCCUGUGUGUGUGUGUGUGUGUGUGUGUGUGUGUGGGAAAGGUGUGGAGACCGGAAGACAGUUUUCAGUCCUCAGUUCCCUCCUUCCAGAAUAUGGCUCCUGGGAAUCAAACUCAGGUUGUCAGGUUUGGCUGCAAACGCCUUUGCCUGCUGAGCCAUCUUGACAGCCCCGGUGACUUCUGUACAUUGUGUUUGGUGCUGAGCUGUAGACCGCUUAUUCUCCUUUCAGGAAACCACCAUUCUUCCACCAGCAGUGAUGUCAUCGAAAUGGAACUACCAUCUGAAGGGUCUACUGGGAUGGUCUCUUCAGAGACCAGUGAGGAUCCUGAGGCUGAGGUGAAAAUGGAAGGAAAUGCAAAUCUGCCUAACACUGCAAAGCCAGCGGCAGGUGUGGAAGACCUUAGGAUCAUACAGGUGACAGUCCCAGAUAAUGAGAAGGAGAGGCUCUCAGGCCUUGAAAAAAUUAAGCAACUGCGAGAACAAGUGAACGAGCUCUUCAGCCGCAAGUUUGGUAAGCUUCUGUGUUCCCACACAUCCGAAACACACGCAUCCGUCAAUAGUCUGGACAGUCAGUAUGGCAGCCUACUGUACCACACGGCCCUCAAAUGGCUGGGCCGAGGGCUGGUCCUCAGGAGGUUCUUCGAAUCCUUGGAGGAAAUAGACUCAUUCAUGUCUUCCCGGGGCAAACCUGUGCCCCAGCUCAGCUCUCGGGACUGGAUCCUGGACCUGGCCUUCCUAGUGGACAUGAUGACGCACCUCAAUACACUGGAUGCCUCCCUCCAAGGCCAUUCUCAGAUCGUGACCCAGAUGUAUGACUUCAUCUGGGGCUUCCUGGCGAAACUGUGCCUCUGGGAGACGCAUCUGGCCAGGAACAACCUGGCCCACUUCCCCACGCUGAAAUCGGUUUCCCGGAGUGAGAGCGAUGGGCUCAACUACAUCCCCAAGAUCGUAGAACUGAAGGCUGAGUUCCAGAAGCGCCUGUCGGAUUUCAAAUCGUGUGAGAGCGAGCUCACCCUGUUCAGCUCCCCGUUCUCCACCACAAUCGACAGCGUGCGCGAGGAGCUCCAGAUGGAGGUGAUUGACCUGCAGUGUAACACGGUGCUGAGGACCAAGUACGACAAGGUGGGCAUCCCGGACUUCUACAAGCACCUCUGGAGCAGCUACCCCAAGUUCAGGAGCCACUGCGCCAAGAUGCUGUCUAUGUUCAGCAGCACCCACAUCUGCGAGCAGCUCUUCUCCAUCAUGAAACUGAUGGCCAGCAGACAGUGA